GAUGAUGCUCACUCAUCAUUCCCCUCCCUUUCCCAGGGUACAGAGGAGAAGCAUGGGCUGGGGCUGGCGCGGCGCAGGACUGCACUGCGCUGCGCUGCUACUUUCUCUGUCUGUACUUGCGCCAACCCUGUUGCCCUGCCUGCCUCUCUCCAUUUAUUGUUCUUACCUCUCCUCUCCCUCUCCUCCAUCCCCUCCCUCCAUCCCAUUCCUUAUCCAACCUACUUACUUCCCUUCCGACUUCUCCCCUCCCCCAUUGCACCAUCUUAAGUCUAGAGGGAUCCUCCAACUUCUGCACACUUUCGCGCAUCGAUUGCGCCAAAUCACACAAUGUCCACCCGUAAGAGAAAGCAAGAAGCCGAGGAGGAGGAAGAGCUCCAGGCGCUUCCUAGCGACGAGAGCGAAGAGGAAGAAGAAUAUGAGGACUCCGACGUAGGCGAAAGCGCAGGCGAAGAAGAAAGCGAGUCAGAAGCGAGCGCCGAAGAAGGAGACGAAGAGGAAGAAGAGGAGGAAGAAGGUGCUCCUCAAGAGAAAGGCCCUCCCGCCCCGAAGAAGCGAAAGACAGCCACCGCGCCCGAGGGAGAGGGUGAAGGUGAAGAGAAGGAAGAAGUGAAGGAGAAAGGCAAGGACGCUGGCGAGAAUGGUGUCGACGACGACAAGGAGGGGGAGGGGGCAGGCGGAGACGAAGAGGAAGAGGAAGACGAGAAAGACGAGGGCGCUGAAAAGACGGAAAAGAGCAGCGGGCCCGCUGCGGCGGCGGCGAAAGCCAAGGGCAAUGUUGUGCCCAAAGAGAAUGAACUGGAUUCUGAUGCUUUGGAGGCGGAUGAGUGAGGUCAGACGUCUUUGUUGGACUUGGAUAAUGCUGUGUUAAUCCGUCAAGAUGACCUCUUAUUCUUUGCUUCUGCUAUGGGCCUUGUCUAUAUUCUUGGAUUAGUAGUAGGUGGUCUUGUUCUGAUAUGGCCUGGACUCGGAGGUUAUAGUAUAAAGAUCUCUUGUCGUGGUAUGUAAUUCAACAUAUUUCCAAUUUCCAUGGACGAUUGUCACAUUCCUGAGAGAUGUAUCAUCAUU